GGCCAUGGACGAGAGCGAGGACGACAGCGACUGCAGCGUCCGGUCGGACCGGCCGACGCAGUUCAGGCUCAACGGCAAGUCGUGGGACUUUGAGAACCCGGUGACGCUCGUCCUGGCUGCAGCGCGCCAGCUGGGGAUGGCAAUCGGCCGCGACGUCAACCUGCUCUGGAUCGCCGACGAGGCGCUGCUGGACGAGUUCGACGAGGGCGAGGCGGAUGAGAGGCUCGGCGACGCCGUGCCCGCGGCGCCGCUCUCCGAGGAGGUUGCCAGCCACUACACGUCCCUCUACGAGGCUCGCUCGCGCACAACCUUCGUGCGCCAGGCCGCGGGCGCCCACCCGCCGCUGCCCACGCCGGCCGGGCGCCGAGGAGGUCGCGCCAGUCGCGCAGAGCGCGCGCGGCGGCGGCUUGCGCUUCGCGAGGCGCGCCUCUCCAACAUCUCGGAGAGGAGCCGCGAGGACUCGUCCGGCACAGAGGCGUACUCGGAGAGCGCCUCCUCGCCCGAGGGAGGGCGAUCCGACGAGCCGUGGAUGCCGUCGGGGCGCGCGGCGCCGGCUAGGGAGGGCACGGCCGCGGGGCUGGCUCGCGCGCUGCCGCGGAUCGACUCUGCGAGCCUGCAGCUCGACUUGCUCGACUCAGAGGCGGCUAAGGCGGAGCCGGCCGGCGGGGAAGGGGCUUCGGAGGCGGAGGGGCUGGCGGGGGGGCGGCGGGGGAGGCGGCGGGCGUGGGCUCGGAGGCGGCUGCCGCGGAGGUUGGGGAUGCUCCCUUCGCGGUCGGUGCUGCCGUCGAGGUCGACUUUGACGACGAGGGGUGGUUCGAGGGGACUGUGGUUGGCGUGGGGCGAGGCGGGCGAGGCUUCGUCUAUCGCGUGGCGCUUCGGUCGGGCGACGAGCACGACGACGUGGGACGGCUCCGAGGCCCUGUCUCUGCAUGAGUCGGGGCAAUCAACCCAGCUGAUUGAUGGACAGGUGGAGGGCUCCGAGAUCCGGCCGCUCGGCUGGCGCGGCGGCCGCACGGCCAGCGUCUCCACGGAGCCAAACACUCGCUCGGACGCGCUCAGCGGCUUCGAGAUGCCACCCUCCGCGCCCGCGUCGGACGUGGCUGGCCCGGAGCCGGAGGAGGCGGAGGCAGAGCCUUGCUUUCGCAUCACCGACGCCGGAGUGGAGUGGAGCCCGAUCGAGCCCGGCGCGCCGCCCGACUAUGCCGCGCCGACGCACCUCCUCCUGCGCCAACAUGAUCAGCGGCUCGCUCGCUGGCCGGAGGUCAAGCUGGCGCGCCUCGCCGCUGGCCUCGAGGUGUAA